AUGAAAAAGAAGAGGAGAGAGGGGAAGAAGGAGAAGAAUAUGAGGACAACGCAUGCUGAACGAGUGACAACGCAUGCUGCUUGGUUUCCCUCUCUCCCAGGUGCUUAUAAACUGAAUUGCGAUGCAUCUUUUGACCCUGGUUCAAAGAGUAGUGGUGUUGGUUUUCUGGUUCGGGAUCACCUUGACAAGAGUUUUAUCGCCAUCUCUAAUCCGGUUACCUCCAAUGACAUUUUGAUUGGGGAGGCAUUGGCGAUUCGAGAGGGCCUUUUGGAAGCCAUAUCAGAGGGGACUCUCUCUAUUACGGUCGAGAGUGAUAAUCUCGGUAUUAUCUCCUGCCUCAUGUAUCCUUCGAAGGCUCCUGAUCUAAAAAUCUUGCCGAUCGUGGAAGAUAUUAGACAUAUUUCUUCGUACCUUGAUGAUUGUAAUUUCUCUUAUAUUCCAAGGACUGCUAAUUCCGUAGUAGAUUGCCUUGCUAGGAGGGCCCUAUCCGUUUCGGGAAGGAUGGUUUGGCCCAAUUCCGAUCCCUUGUUAUCUGGAGAUAUUGCUUCAGAUACAAGGAGUGUAUCCUGUUCCUCGCAAUAA